AUGACAACGUAUUCACUGCAAGAGAACAAAACUUUGUGUAACUCCUCUCCGGUCACGAAUUCGGUGCAAAUCCCAGUCCCAGUCAUUCCAUUCAAAGUCCCAAUCAAACGGAUUCACAAUAAGACACCGAAUCAGAGAUUUAUUUUACCAAAACUUGUGCCCAUUUCUCCCAAUCCUGUCAAUUCAAGUCCCGAAGCACUUGUGAUCCGAAGUUCCAGCAAAUACCCGAAGUUGACGCCUCCUCGUUACAAAACGCCCAAACAUUUCCCACUCGACACCGAGCUUACCAAACAAGAGGGUUCGCUCCUAAAGCCCCCGAUUCUGACCACUCGACCCACAAUUCUGAAGCCUUUCAUUGUUUCCUCAAAUGAUGUAGGUUUGCAUUCAAGCAAUUCAGUGACGGGUCCCGUAAUCAAUGUGCCCAAUAUA